CACAGCGACUCAAACACAUGGAUUGUCCAUAAGUAAUUGAUAAACUCAGGCUGCAGCACUCUGAGCAACAUAAAUAGUCAGAAAUUAUUUAUUUGACGACCCAAGAGUUCUGAGGAACUAAAAAUGGGUAAAACAUCAAAAGACAAACGUGAUGUAUAUUAUCGCCUAGCCAAGGAGGAAGGCUGGCGAGCACGCAGCGCCUUCAAAUUACUGCAUAUCGAACAGGCUUUCGGCAUAUUCGAUGGUGUUCAACGUGCUGUGGAUUUAUGUGCUGCCCCUGGCAGCUGGUCACAGGUGUUGGCGAAGAAGCUUUUACGUAGUAGCCUCACCGAUGACGAGAAACUGGCGGUGAAAAUCAUUGCCGUCGAUCUGCAGGCGAUGGCACCGCUCCCGGGCGUUGUGCAAAUCCAGGGCGACAUCACUAAGGAGAGCACUGCGGAGGCGAUCAUUGGCCACUUCAGCAGCGAUGCACAGCAAAAGGCACAGCUGGUGGUGUGCGAUGGAGCACCUGAUGUAACAGGAGUCCAUGAGAUGGAUGAAUAUAUGCAGAAUCAGUUGAUUGUCUCCGCCUUGAGCAUCGCCACUUUUGUAUUGGAGCCGGGUGGCAAAUUUGUGGCCAAGAUAUUCAAGGGCAACGAUAAUUGUUUGCUUGAAUCCCAAAUGCGCACAUUCUUCACCAAUUUCUGCAUCUUUAAACCGCCCAGCUCGCGUCCGUCGAGCAUUGAAGCAUUUGUGGUUUGCAGUGGCUUCCGUUUGCCCACUGGCUACAUUCCCCAGAUCAUUAAUCCCGCCCGGGAUGAUAUUAGAGCUUUGUCACUGAAGACCGGUUCGGAAACCAAUCGCAGAUUGGUGCCAUUUAUUGCUUGUGGGGAUUUGAAUGGAUCUCUCGGUGAUGAUGUUGUGGGGUUGAUGGAUGAUAUAACUUUGGAAGAUGUAGAAAUGGCUUAUGAUAGCUUCAUGAAAUCAGAUUCAACAGAUGACUUUAAGGAUGUGCUAAACGAUGUUUUUCAGCAAGAGAUUGCUCUGCGAAAGAAACAAAUUUCUCAAUAAAAAAUAACAAGUAAGAAAGCUACAGUCG